AUGCAAUUUAUCCUUUUGGCUUUCAAAUGGGGCUUUCUUGGGUUUCCCGAUUCUUCUUUUUCUUUUUUGUUUGACUUCCUUUUUCAUUUCGAUUUCUUUUUUUUCUACGGAUAGGCCCUUUUGAUUCGGUGUUGGGUUGGUUGCUCUUUUGGUUUCUUCUUUUUGCAAGUAGACCCUUUCCGACUUCGUGUUGCGUUGGUUGCGCCUACCAUGGCUACUGAUCCUUCUGCUUCUGGCUUUUUGCCAAUUUCGGCUUUUGCUGAUGGUGUGGGUACUCCAUUGUCUUCUUCUUUGUCUGAGUUUUUUGAUGUUUUCUGUCUUCCCCGUAAUGCAGAUGGGAAGUUUGUUGUGAAAGGUGCUUCAUGCCAUGUGGAGAGGGAUCCUGUGAUUCCUUCUAUCUUUAGAGGUUCCUUUGGUUUCUUCUUCGAAGGGUGGAAGGGUUGUCCUCCCUUUAGGCUCGACAAAGGUGUUUUGUGAUCUUGAUAAGGUGUCUUGGGUCACAAGUAGUUGUGAUGCGGAUGAGAUUUAUAAAGAGAAUCUUGAUGGAUCCGUAGGUUUUUCCUUAAUAUCCUAUGCGUUGCGCAGCAUUUCAAUGCCUUCCUUCUAAUAUGUGUGUCUACAAGGAUCAAUUUGCAUGCAGGUUGCAUUUUCUUUUGCAUUUUUUUAUCCUUAAAAUCUGUGACGGAUUUUCCAUUAGUCUACCCCAAUUGGCUCCUCGUGCUAUUGUUGAUUUGUUUAGGAUGCGGGAGAGAAGUAAGGAUUUGUUGAACCUCUGUGAAUUUUGCUUUGGAGAAGUCCAUUUCGGAUCUAAGGGUGCAGGUUUCCUCUCGUCAAGCUUUGUCUUCCUCUGUUAUUUAGUCUUCUAAGGAGUCUUCUAAGGGUAGAGCCUUCGCUCUUUCUGGUAGCUUGGGCUACUUCAAUCUUGCUGUCAAGCUCAUCAAGAUGUUGCUGUGGAGGCUUAAGUUGAUCCAAAGUUAGAGAAAAUUUAUGAUUAAGGUCCAUCGUAUGUUCAGCUAGGUAAAUCUCUGGUUGAAGUAAAGGAAAGAUUGAGCA